GCGCGCGGGGCCCGCACGUGGAGGCCGGCGCGGGGGCGCGGGCCGGGCCGGCUGCUGAGACGCGCAGCUGCCCCGCGCGGGCGCCGCGGCUUCAAUGGCGCCAUCGCCCAGGACCAGCAGCCGGCAAGAUGCGACCGCCCUGCCCAGCAUGUCCUCAACUUUUUGGGCGUUCAUGAUCCUGGCCAGCCUGCUCAUCGCCUACUGCAGUCAGCUGGCCGCUGGCACCUGUGAGAUUGUGACCCUGGACCGGGACAGCAGUCAGCCGCGGAGGACGAUUGCCCGGCAGACGGCUCGCUGUGCGUGCAGGAAGGGGCAGAUUGCAGGGACCACGAGGGCACGGCCCGCUUGCGUGGACGCCCGCAUCAUCAGAACCAAGCAGUGGUGUGACAUGCUCCCCUGCCUGGAGGGGGAGGGCUGCGACCUGCUCAUCAACCGGUCCGGCUGGACGUGCACACAGCCUGGAGGGCGGAUAAAGACCACCACGGUCUCCUGACACACGCAGCCCCUGCGGGCCCAGCAGUGGUCUCCAUUCCCCAGAGAGCCGCAUCUCGGCCAAGGCCCCCUCCUCCGCGGAUGUCACCCAUCCUCUGCCGCCCGCCCACUGGCUCCUGCGACCCGUGCCACACAGCCUCAUUCCUGGCACUCACGCGGCACCCUGGGCUACCCGGCCGCACCCAGGAGGUCAGGACUUGGACACUCAGGUGAGGGCAGCGCUGGGCAUCAGCAAUACUCGGCCUGUGGCGCCUGGCCGCGCCCGCCCUGCAGCAGCCCUGCUGACCUCGGAGCAGGAGGACGAGGACCAGAGGACCGGGACCCGGAGGAAGCCACGGUACAGCCAGCGGAGCCGCGACGCGGGCCGGGACUGUCUGGCGCCGGAGCCGCCCUCCUUGGGCCCCAGACUGUCUGAAUUGCUUUUAUUUUCUUAUACUUUCAGUAUACUCAAUAGACCAAAGAGCAAAAUCUAUUUUAACGUGGACGCGCCCUUACUGUCAGAGUCCUAGGGCGGGCGGGGCGGGCACGGGCAGAGACCUGCAGCGGCUCUUGGGGCGGCUCUUGGCGGGCAUCACCGCAGAGGAGAGGGUGCCGUGGCCGAGGCGAGGCCCCCUCUCACGAAUGCGGCAUCGCCCCAGGAGGAUGGCGAGGCCGGGAGGACAGCGCCGCGGAGACCCUGCUGGACCCGGCCAGAGCACCGCCGGCGACAGCCACCACGCGGACAGCGCAGACUCCUGGGCACACGGGCCUGCUGCUCCUCCGCCUCCGCCUCCACCUCCUCCGUGCUUACCGACUUGAUCAUACUAAAAUCACUUUCUGUUUUAACAGUUAAACAUGCCUCUUCUACAGCUCCAUUUUUGAUAGUUGGAUAAUCCAGUAUUCGCCAAGAGCAUGUUGGGUCUCCCGUGACUGCUGUCUCAUCCGAUACGCCAUUUAGCUCCAGAAAGCAAAUUAAAGGAAACUGAAGUAACACUUGUUUGAAAGAGAUCAUUAAAUGUAUUUUGCAAAGCCUAAA